UAGCGCUGAACUGACGUUAUAGCCGGGUUAGAUAAUCGAGCAGCGUCGAUUGCAUCUACUCCGUAACUGCUAAUUGUGAAGUAGUAAUGGUGCUGAACUUAAUUCUGAGCGUAAAACCUAGAAUCAUUCGCCUUCCUCUCCCCUGGAACUACGAUUUCAGCCGUCGAAGCCGCUCCGGUCGCAGUCCAUCCUCUCUAUCCCAAGAGCUGCGAAUCCCGUCGAAGAAUCUCCGAUAGCAGUUUUCUUUUGCUGCGGCGACUUCAUUAUUUUUCCUAAAUCUCCCUGGAGCUACUAUUCCCGUCGAAGAAGCUAAUGUGUUGAUUUCAAUUUUCAGCGGAGACCCUAAAUCCCGACCUGUCUUCGUCUCUCCUGCGGACCUGCGAUUACCAUCAGAGGAAGAAGUCUCCGCAGCAGGAGAACUGUGAGCAGGUUGGUCCCCGUUACAGUUCUAAGGAUUGCUGGUUCCAGUCCUCAGUUGACCGGCCACAAUUAAGAACUGAAACCUGAGAAGAAGAGCAAGUCCAGCUGCGGCGUCAGGUAUGCCUUCCAGACUAGGAGCCAAGUUGAUAUUCUUGAUGAUUAUUGGAAUGACUGUCUGAUGUAGUUUCAAUCAUUGUUCCACAAAGGUAUUACCGUACGACUGAAACCUUUUGCAAGGUUUCCAACACAUAGAAAACUUUAACAAAGGUUUCCUUGAGAAAAUAAACUUUUGCAAGGUUUCCAACACAUAGAAAAUAUGUGUUGAGCUACCGCGCAAAUACAUAUUCCUCCACAUGGCUGCUGCAGUUUCAAUCAUUGUUCACUCGUUCAAACUGUCCGCUGUUUUACAAGUUGAGCUACCGUAUGCAUUAAAAAAGUUGGCUAAAGGGUCAAAUAGACCCUUGAACUAACUUAAAGUGUUCAAUUAGCCCCUUAUAUAGGAUGUUCUGCCCGGCCGUCAUCAAUUGAGGCGGUUCCUGGUGGAAUUUUUUGAUGAAAUUUUUUUAGCAUCUUCUUCAUUAAGUCUAGUUUACUCAUACCAAAUUUCAGCUAAAAAUUCAAUCGGGAAGACAAUCAAAUGAUUUUUAUAAGAUAACUGCGUAGUUAAAUAGCGCAGUACAUUUCGGAAAAUCAUUUGACUGCCUUCCCGAUUUCAGAAAAACAUCCUUAUUAUAUAUUCUAAUUAAGCCCAAAACAUAACAUAUAACAAUUCACAUGUUGACAGCAAGAGAUUAACCUCAUUACCCCUCUUUUCUCUCAAUUGCUGACUUUGUGACCAAAACGUCGCUGUCAUAGUGGAAUCAUUAUCUUUAGAGCCACUAAUUUUUAAUUUCACUAUCCAUCGUUAAAUGCAUUCUUUUCUGAGUAAAGAUGACAAAAUGCCUUUAACAAAAUUUCACUUCACUAGCCUUAAUUUGGGAAAUGGGAUUAUGCAAUGGGUGGGGAAAAUGUCACUAUUAUAUGCUUGUAUUAUCUGUUUGAUGGAUAAGCAAAGAGUUUUAAUUAACUAAGCUAGGCACAUUUUUUAAAUUCAUUGUAUGUACCGGCAUGGAAUGAUUCACAUUCAUUUGCGGUAAUUGGUUCACAUCUAGAUUAAGGAUGGUAGAGAAUGUAUAUCACUCCAGGACAAAGAAAAGCUGAAAGCAAGUCGCCAAGCCCAGUUAUGUUAUGACACGUGUAUGCAAGCGUCAGAUGGUGACUCGUGGCAGUGUAUGAGUGGGGACCACCUUGAAAGUCUAAAGCAAAUAUGACAAGACGAAGAUGGAUGAUGGUGUUUACACUUGCAAAGCUAACAUACACUGUGGGCCCGACCUCCAUUAAUUAAUUGAUUAGUACUUGAUAAUCUCUUGAGUGGUCCUAAAUCUAAAGUCUAAUCUAUCAUCUCAUCUUACAAAACAGUGGUUCUCCUCCUCUUGAUUUCUAGUGAAAUACAUAUACACUAAACAGUUUCUAGAGCAGUGUUAAAUACUUAAAUAUACUUCGUAUUACAUUAAUAUUAAUAUAAAUGAGAUUUUAAUAUAACAGAGCAUGCUAAAUAAUUAGUCCAAUUUUAGUCCAUUUGGUCGCCACGGUGGAAAGUGAAUUAGUUGUAUUCAGCGAAUUGGAAAAACGCGAUUUGAAUUUGAAACCAUGCAUAUGCAUUUUUAUAAUCAUACUCCGUAUAAAUUACAGGGAUUGUAAGUUUUGCACACUUUUCAUGUUUUCCCAAAUUUACAUCAAUUUUAGUUUGAUUUUUGUGAAGAAAAAAAAGAUAAAACGUUUUUUUCUAAACAUUUUUAAAAAAAGGAGUGAAGGUAUUUUAUUCACAAAAAAGUAAGUGGGAGGACUUUGCUAAUGCGCGCCCAAAAUAAAUUGAAACAUUCAGUGAAGAAUAACUUGUAAAAAAUAUGAGAGUAAUUAUGUUCCAAACUAAUUCAAGAAAUCAAGGAUGAAGUGAUGAAGAACUUUGAAAUGAGUGAUUUGGCCCUUUUGUGCUAUUACUUUGGAAUUGAAGUGAAGCAAGUGAAGAACACAAUAACUCUGAGUCAGACAGGUUAUGCCAAGAAGAUCUUAGAGAAGAUGGGAAUGGCAGAAUGCAACCCAUGUUGUCUUCCAAUGGAACCAAGAAGCAAACUCAACAAGUAUGAUGGAGAGCCGACUAUUAAUCAAACAAAUUAUAGAAGUAUCAUUGGCAGCCUGAGGUAUUUGACUAACACUAGACCUGAUCUUACUUACUCUGUGGGCAUUGUAAGCAGGUAUAUGGAAGCACCAACAACUGCACACCUAAAUGUUGUAAAGCAAAUCCUGAGAUAUGUUAAAGGGACAAUUGACUUUGGAUGUGUGUACAAAAGAGAACAAACAAGUGAGGGUUUGAUUGGCUACAGUGACAGUGAUCUAGCUGAGGAUUUAGAUGACGGAAAAAGUACUACAAAGAUCCUGUAUUUUCUAAAUGACAGCCCUAUCACAUGGGUAUCUCAGAAGCAAAGGAUAGUUGUACUGUCAUCAUGCGAGGCAGAGUAUAUCGCAGCAACAAGUGGGGCAUGUCAAGGAAUUUGGCUCACAAAAUUACUGGAAAGUAUACUGGAAAGUGCCAACAUGAAACCGGUAUUGAGGGUGCAGUUGGCACCCUUGAAAUAGUUCAAUGCCCACUUAAGAAAGCAACAGUGGUUUAUUGUGAUAAUAUAAGCUCUGUAUACAUGACCAGCAACCCCGUCCAACAUCAUCGUACUAAACACAUUGAAAUGGACAUCCAUUUUGUUCGUGAAAAGGUUGCCCGUGGUGAAGUUUGCGUUCUACACAUUCCUUCCCGACACCAGUUUGCGGAUAUCUUUACGAAAGGUCUUCCCCAAAUUUUAUUUGAAGAAUUCAAUUCCAGUCUCAACAUCAGUCAAUCUCCAGCUUUAACUGCAGGGGGGGGGGUGUUAGCAUAAUUUCAUGCAUGUGUACGCACACUUGGUUGGAGAUAAAGUCAUGCAUUUUGGAAAUUAUUUACACGGAUUUUUUAAUCCAAUUAGGGUUGUGCCUACCUUAAGUCAAGUAAGACCAUUUACUCAGGAUCCCAUAAUUUAUAAAUGUGCAGGCAUAAAUGCAUAUCUUUAUUGUCAUUGACAAAAUUUCACCUCUACUAAUAUCUAAUUGUUUUUCCUAAGUAAAUUCGAAUUUACUAUCUACGUCUCCC